UAUAGGCAAUAGUUCUUAAAAUUCUUGAUUGAUUCCAUUGAGAAGGACAUGACCACCUAGUAUCAACCGUUUAUUCUUGCCGGCAUAACUCAUUGUGAAAUCCGCCAAUCCUUAAAUAACUUACCUCAAACAUCCUAUGAACAUUGACAUCUCCUCCUUGUUCUGCAAUUUUUUACCCAUCUCCAUCAAUGCUUCUAUUAUCCAAAAUGAAUCGAAUCCCCACUUGGGUACUCUUGAUUUCGUUCUAUCUCCUCCUCCAGACGACAAAAUCCGAGACAGAGGAGGUCAAGAGCUCCCUGAUCAAGUUUUUCGGAAAGCUAUCCAACAUGAACAGCCCACCUGAACCGGCUUGGGGUUGGAACCUAUCCUCUGAUCCAUGCAGGGACCAGUGGAUGGGUAUAGGCUGCGAUAUUGGGAAUGUCACUGUGAAGAAGAUCACUCUCGACAGCUUCAAUUUUUCCGGAACUCUUGAUGCAAAUGCUCUCUGUGACGUGCAAUCUCUUGCCCUGUCUCUCACUAGUUUAAGUAUCAGUGACAACAAAAUUUUUGGAGAGAUCUUAGAUGCUAUUGGGAACUGCAGACAACUCACUCACUUGUAUAUCAGUGGAAACCAGUUCUCUGGUAGCCUUCCCAGCUCAGUUUCCAGAUUAGUUAAUCUGAAAAAACUAGAUUUAUCGAACAAUAAUUUGGCUGGUGAUUUGCCUGAUCUAACCGGGAUAUCCGGUUUGACAGAGUUCUCUGCUCAAAAAAAUCAUUUCACUGGGGCUAUUCCGGAUUUCGAAUUCUCCAACCUUUUCCAGUUCAAUGUCUCCUUCAACAAUUUCAGUGGUCCUAUACCUAGUGGGGCUAGUCGUUUCCCGGUGAGCAGCUUCACUGGGAAUACUGAAUUGUGUGGAGAUCCACUGCCUGAGAAAUGCCCACCAUUACACACAGAAUCUGAAGAGACAAAGAAGUCUAAAGGUGUCUCUAGUGUGCAGGUUCUGAUGUUCUCAGGCUACUUUCUUAUAGGUCUUGUUAUUGUCCUCCUCAUCCUUUUCAGGGUGUGUAGAAAAAAGAAGACAGAAGGAGAGAACGAUGAUUCAGAUUACAAAGUAGCAUCAUUUGAUGAUAGCAUCAACAAGUCUAGUUUCACUACAAUUGAGUACAAAACAGACUUGAGCAAAUCAGAAAUUUUGGCUGCCUCAGCUGAUCAAAGUGCAUUGAUGUCCUCGUCGCUGAUAGUUCUCACGAGUCCGGUGGUGAAUGGGUUGAGAUUUGAGGACUUGCUGAAGGCUCCUGCUGAGUUGCUUGGGAGGGGAAAGCAUGGUAGUGUCUAUAAGGUUAUCUGUGAGGAAGAGGUGGCUCUGGCUGUCAAGAGGAUCAAGAAUUGGGGUAUUUCCAGCGAUGAUUUCAAGACGAGAAUGAGGAGGUUGGACCAAGUGAAGCAUCCCAAUGUAUUGCCAGCCGUGGCCUUUUAUUGUUCAAGGCAAGAGAAGCUUCUGGUCUAUGAAUAUCAGCAGAAUGGCAGUCUCUUGAGGCUUCUUCAUGGAACAAAAUUAGGCCAACCAUUUGACUGGAGCAGCAGGCUUGGUAUUGCAGCUUCAAUUGCUGAGGCCUUAACUUUCAUGCAUCAUGAGCUUAGUGAAGAAGGGAUUGCUCAUGGUAACCUGAAAUCCUCAAACAUUUUGCUUAACAAGAACAUGGAACCAUACGUUAGUGAGUAUGGUCUAAUGGAGAUGGACACUGCACAAAAUGAAAGUUCCUUCAAAGCAGACAUUUAUGGCUUCGGUGUGAUUCUUCUGGAGCUACUCACUGGAAAGCUGCAGGUCCAGAACAAUGGGAUGGACGUGGCCAAAUGGGUACUUUCCGUGGUUCACGAAGAGUGGACCGGAGAAGUUUUCGACAAAACCCUAAUCCAAGAAGGUGCAAGUGAAGAGAGGUUGGUGAACUUGUUACAGGUAGCCAUAAAAUGCAUAAAUCGCGCCCCGGAGACCAGGCCAAGCAUAAACCAGGUUGCUCUUAUGCUCAGUACUAUAAGGGAUGAUGAAGAAAGAUCCAUAGUUUCUGAAGUUUCCAGAGCUGGAACAAACAUGUAAAACAUGCAAACAAACUUGGCAUGGUAAAUUUUCUUUUAUCACAUAAAUCUAUAUCUCAAUAUAGCUAGUCUAGAGCGAAGUAGCAAAUUAGCAAUA